UUUCGGACGACGGAGGGUCAAUUUUAAAUUAGCACUUCAAGGAUGACAGCUGAAGUAAAUAAAGGACCCAUGCUGGGAAUGCGACACGUCCAGACCUUGCUGAUUUUUCUCAACAUCACGUGUUUGUAUAUCGGCCGCCUAAAUGUGGGAGUAUCCGUAGUGGCCAUGACCAAUGCCGAGUCCACCAAUCCCAAUUUUCCAGAAUACGACUGGAGCUUGACACAAAAGUCCUAUAUAAUAUCCAGCUUCUUUUGGGGCUACAUUUUCACCCAGUUCCUGGGGGGAUAUUUAUGCAAGCGCUUUGGAGUCAAGAGUGUCAUGCUCUGGGGAUCCUUCGCGUCGGGAGUCUUCAGCGCUCUAACGCCACUCUUCAUCAGCUUCGGCGGAUGGCAGGCGUAUUGCGGCAUUCGAGUGCUGAUGGGCCUUGCCCAAGGACUGAUCUUUCCCUGCAUCCAUCAGCACUUGGCCAGAUGGUCACCGCCGGCGGAGAGGAAUCGCCUGGGCGCUCUCAGUCACACGGGAAUCGAGUGCGGCAACGUGUGCGCCAUGUUCCUGAGUGGAAUGAUAGCGAAGAGCCCAAUUGGCUGGCCAGGAAUAUCCUACGUCUCCGCUGGAGUGGCCUUCGCAUGGUGCGUCUUUUGGUUCCUUUUCGCCGCCAACAAUGCAGUGGAAUCUCGUUACAUCGGCGAGGCGGAACUGGAGUACAUCGAAACGUCCCUGAAGCACAACGAGGACUAUCACAAGACCAUCAUUCCCAUUCCCUGGCGGGCCAUCUGGACCUCGGCUCCAUUCCUGGCCCUUUUGGUGGCCCGCUGCUGCGAGACCUGGGGUCUGAGUACCCUGCAGGCCGAGAUCCCAACGUACAUGAACGGGGUUCUCGAUAUGGACAUGAAAAGCAAUGCAUUCUUUUCGGCGCUACCGUUUUUGGCCAUGUGGUUUAUGUCGUAUGUUUACCUGAUUACCGCCGAUGUUUUGCUCGCCGGAAAUAGGCUAAGUUUAACGGCACUGCGAAAGACCUUCAACUCGAUGGCCUUCUGGAUUCCUUGUGCCACAUUGAUUGGAAUAGGAUUUCUGGACCAGAAUCAGAAGAACUGGGCCAUUGUCCUGAUGACCAUCAGUGUGGGUGUGAACAGUGGAGCGACAAUUGGUACCUCCCUGAACACCAUCGAUCUGUCACCGAAUCAUGCCAGCAUCCUCAUGGGAAUCGUGAAUACAGCUGCAAAUGUGGUGCCCAUAGUGACUCCUCUUGUAGUGGGUCUAAUCGUUGAGGAUGAUACAAAUCGCUCAGAGUGGCAGAUAGUAUUUAUAAUCGCCUCAGUACUAUUCUUUCUUGGAAACUGCGUGUUCUUGUUUUUCGGCACGGCUGUUUCUCAGCCCUGGGAUGCUGAGGACUAUCUUCAGUUAAAGGAACCCGAACUCGCAAUAAAACCAGCUAUCCAUGGAGCAAACAAAAAUAUUGAUGAAAUUACAAAAACUACGGUGGACCCGCUGGAUGGAUAG